AUGUAAGUAUAAUAAUCAAGAGAUCGUAUUUAAUUAUUUUUCUCAGCCACUAAAUUAAAAGACACAGAUAUAAUAGGAGGUAAAAGCGAUCCAUACCUAAAGGUCUAUAUAGUUGAAAACAAGAAAAAAACCCUCUUAGGUUAAACCGAAACUAAAGAAAAUACUAAAAGUCCAACUUGGUCUACCCCCAUAGAAUUAGACUAUGUUUUUGAAUUGAAAUAAAAAUUAGAAUUCGAAGUAUAUGACAAAGACUUAUUAACUGCUGAUGAUUUAAUCGCUAAAGGAAAAUGUACUUUAGGUUAAAUUAUGGCUGAAAUAAAUAAAUUCGAAAUAAACCUAAAAACAAAGGAUGAUAAAAAAGAUGCAGGAAAACUCUAAAUUAAGUCAGAAAAAUUAACACUUUCAAACACCGUAGAAUGGGCAUGGUCAGGCGUAAAAUUAAUAAACGUAGAUUUUUGGACUUUAACAGACCCUUUUUUGAGAUUUUAUUCUUAUAAUCAUAAAGGAGAAAAAGUGUUAGUUUUCGAAAACGAGGUUAUUAAAAAUAACUUAGAUCCAGUAUGGAAAUCACAUAAAUAAUCCAUCACUAAACUUUGUUAGGGAGAUUUUGAUAAAAAAAUACUCGUGGAAUGCUGGGAUCAUGAGAGAACUGGAGGACAUAGAAUAGUUGGUUCAAUUGAAAGCACUAUGAAAGAAUUUAUUAAAACUUAAGGACAAAAGCAUGAACUUUAAAAUGAAGAAAGAAAAAAGAAAGGAUAAAAAGAUUUAGGGUUUUUGCUCGUUUAGAAUAUCAAAAUCACACCACCUACUUUCAUAGAUUAUGUAUAAGGUGGUUACUAGAUUAAUGUUAUAGCAGCUGUAGAUUUUACUGCCUCAAAUGGAGAUAUUAAUGAUCCUAUAUCACUACAUUCUUCCGAUUUAUUAAAAAAUUAAUAUCUUUAGACUUUAAAAAAAACUUUAAAUGUGCUCUUAUAAUUUGACUCGAACAAAAGAAUUAAACUUUACGGAUUUGGAGGAGUACCCCAAUAUCCUAAUUUAAAAUCUUAUGACACUGAUCACUGUUUCCCAUUAACCGGAGAUGUAAAAAAUCAUGAAGUUUUAGGAUUAGAUGGUGUAAUUUCUGCCUAUUAAAAUGCUUUGUAAAACGUUACUUUAUGUGGACCAACUUUCUUUGCUCCAGUUAUAAAAAAUGCAUCCGAUAUUGCCAGAAUUAACAGCAAUAAUGAUGUUUAUAAUAUUUUACUUAUACUCACUGAUGGAGCAAUUGAUGAUAUGGAAGAAACUAUAGAAUUAUUAGGGCAAGCUACUAAUUUGCCUCUAUCAAUUAUUGUUGUGGGUAUUGGUAAUGAUACAUUUGAAGAAAUGAAGGCUUUAGAUGGAGAUUUGAGAAUGAAAAGCUAAAAUGUAUAAAGAAAGCAUAGAGAUUUGGUAUAGUUUUUAGCUUAUAAUGAUGUUAAGGGAGGAGAAUAAGAAUUAACCAGACUUUUACUGGCUGAAGUACCUAAUUAAUUCUUAUAGUAUUAAUUUAAUAAUGAUAGAUAUCCUAAACCACCUUGUGGAUAUGUAAUGGAAGAUAUACUUAGUUCAAAGAAAUAAUAAAAAUGA